UUUCCUCUAUGGUUGCACGAUAUAAGUUCGGGCUCGAGAUGUUUAAUGCGCAUGCUCACAAUUAACUUCCUUUUACCAGUACAAUAUGUCGAAGAGAGGUCGUGGUGGUUCGGCCGGAGGGAAGUUCCGUAUCUCCCUAGCCUUGCCUGUAGGUGCUGUCAUCAAUUGUGCCGACAACACAGGUGCCAAGAAUCUGUUUGUCAUUGCUGUCAGCGGUAUCAAAGGACGCUUAAACCGAAUGCCAGCUGCUGGAGCUGGGGACAUGUUUGUUGCAACAGUUAAGAAAGGAAAGCCAGAGCUUAGGAAAAAGGUAAUGCCUGCUGUAGUAAUUCGACAGAGGAAACCCGUACGGCGGAAGAAUGGGGUGUUUAUAUACUUUGAAGAUAAUGCAGGGGUCAUUGUUAACAACAAGGGAGAAAUGAAAGGAUCAGCCAUUACAGGACCUGUAGCAAAGGAAUGUGCAGAUCUUUGGCCCCGUAUUGCAUCAAAUGCCAGCUCCAUUGCAUAAAAUGUACAAAAUAAAGAAGAAAAAAAGCC